AUGACGCAGCCUGCCAUGAACUUCGUCACCUUCAACCAGGACUACACCGCCCUUGGUGUCGCCACCAAGAAGGGCAUCCGCUUGUACGAUACCGAGCCCUUCUCCAAAUCCUUUGAGGGCGAAGAGGGCGAUGUGUCGAUCAUGGAGAUGCUCUUCUCCACCUCUCUGGUUGCUCUGAUCCAGUCGCCGCGCCUCCUGCGCAUCCGCAACACCAAGAGACAUUCGACCAUCUGCGAGCUCACCUUCCCCACCAGAGUCCUCGCCGUUCGCCUGAAUCGCAAGCGCCUAGUUGUUGUGCUGGAGGAACAAAUAUACCUGUACGACAUCAGCAACAUGAAGUUGUUGUAUACCAUUGAGACGUCGCCCAACCCGCACGGCAUCGUCGCCUUGUCGCCGUCUUCCGACCGCAACCACCUCGUCUAUCCUUUGCCAAAGAAGGAUGCUCCGACUUUUUCAUCCGCGCCCCAUGCGCCACCAACUGGGCCCCACGUUGCCCCUAGAACUGGCGAGCUGCUCAUAUUCGAUGCCACUAGGAUGGAGGCUGUCAAUGUCAUAGAGGCGCAUCAGGCUCCGCUAUCGUGCAUAGCGCUCAACAAUGAGGGCACUUUGCUGGCCACAGCCUCGGAGAAAGGCACAAUCAUCCGCGUUUUCUCCGUUCCCGACGCCAAAAAGCUGUUCCAGUUCCGCAGAGGCUCGAUCCCCGCCAAAAUCCUCAGCAUGGCCUUCAACUCCACUUCAACUUUGCUCUGUGUCUCUUCCGCAACCGAUACAGUCCAUAUUUUCCGCCUGUCUCCACAGAGCGAGUCUCGUUCCAAAGACGGUUCGCCUUCUGGCCGGAGACCUUCUGCCGCUGGAUCCCGCGACCGCAGUCGGAGCCCGAGCAGCGAAGAGAUGCCGGAUAAUGGAGACUACGACUCAUCUGCCCCUGCCGUCCCUGAGAGAAAGCAAAACAAUCCGGGCCUUGCGAGCAUGAUCCGUCGCACUUCGCAGAAUGUUGGCAUGGGAUUUGCGCAGAAGCUGGGAGGCUACCUGCCUAGUGCUGUUGCUGAAAUAUGGGAGCCCGCCAGGGAUUUCGCCUGGGUGAAAAUACCGAAGAGAAACAUUGACGGGCCGCCAAUGCAUCCCAGCAACGUCGUCGCCAUGAGCAAUAACGGCCCUCAAGUCAUGGUAGUGACCAAUGACGGUGGCUUCUUUGUCUUCAACAUCGACCUAGAAAACGGUGGCGAAGGAACUCUCAUGAAACAAUAUUCGGUUCUUGAACCGCACGAUAGGUUAGGCAGGACAUCCUCUGAAGACUUUGGCUCAUGA